UCACUUCCAGCGGACCCGGAAGCGCCCCCGACGGGCCGCUGCAGGUAGGAAGUCGUGGUGGGGCUGCUGCGCUCAGCUCAAACCCUUGCGGACCGUGGGCCCGGGCCCGGCCGGCCGGGGCUGCGGAAGCCCCGGCGAGCGAGGAGCCGGAGCGGCCGCUGAGACGGGGCGGGCGAGGCCUGGAAGUGCGCUCCUAUUGUGCUGGCGUCGCCCCGCCUCUCGGGUAGGACCCGCCCCCGCCCUCGGUGCUGGGACCCGGGGUCGCUCUGCCAGGCUGCCCCGUCGCCCCGCUUCGGUCUCGGAAGCUGGGAGGAGCGGCUAUGCGGCCUCGGGGACAACAUCAUCUGCCAGCGUCUUCGUGACCCUCUACGGGGCUGUCCAAACGCUGACGUGGAACGUGACCAGUUCUGAAUCCUCAUGGAGAAGUUUGGGAUGAAUUUCGGGGGUGGCCCGAGCAGGAGGGACCUGCUGGAGAUCAUUGAGAGCCAGAAGCAGCAGCUCAGCCAGUACCAGACAAGGCUCAAGGAUGUGGUCCGCGCCUAUAAAAGCCUCCUGAAAGAGAAAGAGGCUCUGGAGGCCAGCAUCAAGGUGCUGUCGGUAUCCCACGAGGCGGACGUGGGCCUCGCAGGUGUCCAGCCUCCAGGCCACACCUCUCCGGACUGCGUGGAUGACCGAUGCUCCACGCACAGCGAGGAUAGCACUGGGACCGCCACCAGCUUGGAUACCACGGCCAGUCUCGCUAGCACCAAGGGUGAGCUUGGGGCAGAAGAUGACAGACUGGCCCGUGGACCGCCACCUCCAAAGUCCGAAGAGGCUAGUGGGUCAGAGAGCGGUGUCAGCAGCAGCAGCGGGGAUGGACAGUCUGCGGGUGGGGAGGUGGACAAACGACUGCACCAGCUGAAGACUCAGUUGGCCACUUUGACUAGCUCUUUGGCCACGGUCACCCAGGAGAAGUCCCGCAUGGAAGCUUCUUACCUGGCUGACAAGAAGAAGAUGAAACAGGACUUAGAGGAUGCCAGCAAAAAGGCAGAGGAGGAGAGGGAGCGUCUGGAGGGAGAAUUGAAGGAGCUGCAGGAGCAGAUAGCAGAAACCAAAGCCCGCCUUAUCACACAACAGCACGAUCGGGCCCAAGAGCAGAGCAACCAUGCCUUGAUGCUGCGUGAGCUCCAGAAGCUGCUGCAGGAGGAGAGAACCCAGCGCCAAGACUUGGAGCUUCGGUUAGAAGAGGCCCGAGAAGCCCUGGCUGGGCGGGCAUAUGCUGCUGGUCAGGUGGAAGGGUUUGAACUGCAGGCUAAACAGCUGACCCGGGAGGUGGAGGAGCUCAAAGGUGAGCUGCAGGCUCUUCGAGAUGAGAAGAAUCGGCCAGACCCCCGGCUGCAGGAGCUUCAGGAAGAGGCCGCCUGCCUUAAGAGCCAUUUCCAGGCCCAGUUGCAGCAGGAAAUGAGGAAGACAGCCCUUGCAGAGGAUCAACUACGCCAGCAAUCUCAGCUGGAGGAGCAGAGGGUGGCAGCCCUGGAGAACCAAAUAUCCGAGGUGUCGGAGCUGCUGGGCACCUAUGAGAAAGCCAAGCAGAAGGACCAGCUGGCCAUCCAGAAGCUGAAGGAGCGCAUUCUGCAGCUGGACCUGGAGAACAAGACGCUGGCUCUUGCAGUCUCUAGCCGGUCCCCUCUAGACAGCCAUGCAGAAGAGUCCAGUCUGGAUGUCAAUGUCCUGAAGGACAAGAUGGAGAAGCUGAAGAGGCUACUGCAGGUGGCGGCCAGGAAAAGCCAGGUGACUUUGGAUGUAGAGAAGCUCUGCAACCUGGAGAUAAUGCCCAGCUCUGAGGCUGCCGAUGGGGAGAAGGCUACUGCGCUCUACUACCAGCAGGAGCUGAAACAGCUGAAGGAAGAGUUUGAGAGGUACAAGAUGAGGGCCCAGGUCGUCCUCAAGAGCAAGACCACCAAAGACGGUAACCUGGCCAAGGAGCUGGAGGAAUCCCAGGAGCAGCUUGCAGAGCUGAAGGAGAAGUAUAUCUCCCUGCGGCUGUCCUGUGAGGAGCUCGAGCGCCAGCACCAGCAGGAGGCCGAGGACUGGAAGCAGGAGCUGGCCCGGCUGCAGCAUCACCACCGGCAAGAGCUGGAGCGGAGCCAGCUGGACUUCAGGGACCGCACGCUGAAACUGGAGGAGGAGCUGCACAAGCAGCGGGACCGUGCCCUGGCUGUGCUGGCCGAGAAGGACUUGGAGCUGGAGCAGCUGAGGUCUGUGGCUUUGUCUUCUGUGCUGCCAGGACGCAGAAGCCCCGUAGGUGGCGGGGAUCCUGAGGACCCGGCUGACGUAGCUUCCCCUGAUAACCUGACCCAAGCACUUCAACUCGCUGCGGCCAACGAGCCCACUUUCUUCCUGUACGCUGAGCAGUUGGCCCGCAAGGAGGUGGAGAUCACAUUCCUGAGGAAGCAGAAACACAGGCUGGAGGUGGAGGUGCAUCAGCUGCAGGAGCGGCUGCUGGAGGAGGGGGAGCGGCACCGAGAGGAGGUUGGAGUCCUGCAGAGCCGCAUUGAGAAGAACACCAGGGACCAGAGUCGGGAGGGAGCCAAUCUGGAGUACCUCAAAAACAUCAUUUACCGCUUCCUGACCUUGCCUGACAGCCUGGGCCGCCAGCAGACACUCACAGCCAUCCUGACUAUCUUGCAUUUCAGUCCAGAGGAGAAACAAGUGAUAAUGCACCUCCCACCCAGUGGUGGCUGGUGGCCUUCAGGCAAGAGAUGACGUCAUCUUCACGGACUCCUAAAAUUUCCAUGCCUCUUACGUGAGAAGAGACAGGCUCUGGUUUCUACACCCGCUUCUCUUACCUUAUCAUUUUUUUCUUCAGUGUUGAACUUGGAGGAGUCUUCAAAGUGGGGUGGGGUAUUCUGCCAAAUGCCAUUAAUGCUGCUUAUCCAUGGGCCCUAGAGAUACUGGAGUGUUGACAACAUCUUCUGGUGGUGGUGUGUGUGUGUGAGGAGGAGAGGGGGGGAAAGGUUAAGAUUGAGAGGUACAAAAGUUGGGGAAAUGGUAGGAAAAUAUUGGAAAAUAAGACUUUUUUUGUUUUGACAUUGUUCUCCUAGCGCAGAGCUAGGAGUAAAUGUGACUCCAAAGGGAGUUCAGGCAAUUUCUAAACACACACAGGACCGGCUAUUUUCUCCAUCAUCACAAUCUGAGCCUGGUCCACUGCUGCCCCAAUUAUCUGGGGACAUAAAUCCAGGCUGGAGAGGGGCCAUGAAGUUUGAAAUCGUGACAGGUGUCCACUAGGCCAAGGAAUAGUUCAUCCUGGAACUGGGAGGCUUGGUCUAGUUGGGGCUGGGUACAAUCUAAUCCGUCUGCACAAAACACACUUUUGAUCACCCUAGAGGAAACCCUGAGCACCAGUUUGAUCUUAGGGAUUUCCUGAGUGACCUGCUUUCGGCCUGGGUAGGAUUAUAAUAGACCUUUCACACUUGUCCCUCCCUUAACCAGCCUGCCUAUGGUUGACCUGCGAUUUGUGAGUAAAUGCUAUCUUUUCUUCAAUGUUGAACUUGCAUGAAGAAAAAAAUCUGCCCAUCCAGUGUGGCUCAGUGGUUUUGCUUUGACCCAUGAGCCAGGAGGUCUCAGUUCAAUUCCUGGCCAGGGCACUUGCCUGGAUUUUGGGUUCAAUCCCCAGU